AUGGAUCAACCACAAGGUUUUGUGGAUCCUGAAUUUCCAGAUUUUGUUUGUCACUUAAAGAAAAGUUUAUAUGGUCUCAAACAAGCACCAAGAGCUUGGUUUGAGAGGUUUAGUAGUUUUUUGGUUAAAUUUGGUUUUACAAGAUCAGUGUGUGAUUAUUCAAUGUUCAUCUAUACUUCUUCCUCUGAAAUGAUGAUACUUCUUUUAUAUGUUGAUGACAUUAUUCUUACUGGGAAUUCUGAUGUUGCUAUGGAUAAGCUAGUUCAAGCUUUAAGUGUUGAGUUUGCUAUGAGACAAUUAGGGGAUCUGAGUUAUUUUUUGGGUAUUGAAGCUCACAGAAAUGAAAAUUCUUUGGCUCUUACACAAAAGAAAUAUAAUUUAGAAUUACUUAAAAAGACAAAUAUGCUUGACUGCAAACCUUGUUCUACACCUGUAGUUAAAGAAUCCAGAGCUUCUAUCCAUGAUGGUGUUUUGUUGGAAAAUGCAGCUGAAUAUAGGACAAUAGUAGGUAGUCUUCAGUAUUUAACAAAUACUAUACCAGAUAUUUCUUUUGGAGUUAACUAUGUGUCACAAUUCAUGCAUGCACCAACUGAUGUUCAUUAUCAUUUAGUUAAAAGAAUUUUGAGAUAUUUGAAGGGUACUGUUGGAGUUGGAAUUACUCUACACAAAGGGGAUAUCUCCACAGUAAGAGCUUAUACAGAUUCUGAUUGGGAUGGAUGCCCAGAUACAAGAAGGUCUACAUCUGGUUAUGCUAUAUUUCUGGGAAGUUCUCUCAUUUCAUGGUCUAGUAAGAAACAACCCACUGUUUCCAGGUCUUCUGCUGAAGCAGAAUAUAAAUGUUUAUCCGUUAUUGCAUCUGAGUUAGAAUGGCUAUCUAAUGUGUUUAAGGAAUUGCAAAUCUCAGUUCAACUUCCAAUGCAAAUGUUAUGUGAUAACACUUCAGCUAUUUUCUUGGCUUCUAAUCCUGUUUUUCAUUCCAGGGCCAAGCAUAUAGAAGUUCAGUAUCAUGUAGUAAGGGAUUUGGUUGAUAAAGGUUUUGUGAAGAUUCAACAUGUUCCUUAUGAAAGUCAGAUUGCAGACUUAUUCACAAAAGGGUUGUGCUCACCUACUUUUACUUCUUUACUUCAACAACUGUUGGGAGAUACUUCAAGUGCUGCUGUUGAUGUAUCUGAGUGUCAAAACUCUUCAUGUACUGCUGAUGAAGAAGAACUCUCCUCUGACAAUGAAGCUGCUUUGUUUUCUGGACUUGCUCUUCAUUCUUUUGUUAUGUUUUAA